CUCUCAGGUCUGAAGUCAGUUGCUCCUCCUGUAUCCAAAUUCAGGAAGUUGUCUCUGGGAAUGUGUUGUCUUCCUGACAGAGGAGUCAACUCCUCCCAGCUAGAGUCGGCUAGGUUAAUUGUUAGCUAAUGACAUCCAAUAAAUAGCUAUUUUUAUUCAGAAAAGGGAACGAUGGAGGUCGACUCAGUCUUCUACACUGAUCAUAGUGGAAGAGUCCACAAUAACCCACUGUUGGACCAGCUCCCCAGCUACCAGUCCCUGCUGUACCGCAGGAAGGCAUCCAAUAGCGGCACCAAACGGCGGGGCAGCUCCAGAGGGCGAUCUGGUUCAUCUGGCAGUGGGAAAUGGGGUUUGAGCACCGUCAGCCGAUAUGAGGAGAAACAGAAAAGUCAGACGGUGCAGAGACCCGUCAGGGAACUAGCCAAGACCAUGGCGGAGAAACGCAUAGACAUAACACAGCGCAUGGAGGAGGCCCGAGGGCUCAGUAGUUUCAGACAGUUGAGGCAAAGCACCCGCAGGCAUUUUCGGAGGCUGAGGGACGAGGCCUACGCAUGGCUGAACUCGCUGAAGCUCUGGAGGGGAGACAUCCACCUGAUAGAGGGGAUGUUUGGCACAGGGAUCCUGUCUUACUUCUCCUUCCUGCGCUUCCUAGUCACGCUCAACUUGGUCAUCUUCGUGCUCAUGUUCAGCUUCGUCAUGUUACCCCUCAUCAUAGCCCCCCAUGUUUCAGGGAAUAUCACCUACACCCAGAAAAAUGGAAGUGUGUGCAGUGAGUAUUCAGGCACUGCCCGUCGUGGUCUGGUCAACUUUCAUGAGCACGUUACAGAUCUGCUGUCUGGGGGAGGCUUUCUGGAACUGACCUAUCUUUUCUACGGCUAUUACAAGGUUGACAAAAUACACUUUCCCAAGACCACUUACAAUUUGCCAUUGGCCUACCUGUUGGUCACCAUAGCUUACCUGUUCCUCAGUCUCAUCUGGAUUGUUAAAAGGUCUGCCACGGGAUUCAAACGUAACCUCAUUCAGGAUGAGGAUCGCUUUCAGAGCUUUUGCAACAAGAUUUUUGCUGGCUGGGACUUCUGCAUCACCAACGAAAACGCUGUGAGGCUGAAGAGAAGCAGUUUGCUGUACGAGCUCAGGACGGAUUUGGAAGAGGAGCGCAUCAAACAGAAAAUAGCAGAUCGCACCCGCAAGGAGAAGUGUCGGAUUUACCUCAUCCGCCUCAUUCUCAACCUUUUUGUCAUCGGCGUACUGGCUGCAUGCUUCUACAGCAUUUACGCAGCCACCAUCUUCUCCCAGAAAGUCCAGAUGGAUAACAUAAAGGAGAAUUUCAUCAUGGAUCUCAUCUAUGAGUAUCUACCCUCAAUAGUGAUCACCUUGGCCAACUUCAUCACCCCCCUCCUCUUCUCCGUUAUCAUCAAUUAUGAGGACUACUCGCCUGCCUUCGAGAUCCGCUUCACUCUCAUGAGGUGUGUCUUCAUGCGGUUGACCAGUAUUGGGGUUUUGCUCUUCUCUCUCUGGUCUCAAAUCACUAAAUGUGAAAAAGAGCCCUGCGCCUGUGGCUAUAACCAUAAGCUUUACUCUUGUUGGGAGACCCGUGUGGGCCAGGAGAUGUACAAACUCACCAUCUUUGACUUCAUCAUCAUUGUCGCAGUCACCAUCUUUGUGGAGUUUCCCAGAAAGUUGAUUGUGAAUUACUGUGACUGUGGCCUGGUUAAGUGGUGGGGUCAGCAGGAGUUUGCAAUUCCUCAAAAUGUGUUAGAGAUCGUCUACGGUCAGACCAUCUGCUGGAUUGGCACGUUCUACAGCCCGAUGCUGCCUGCCAUCUGCACUAUAAAAUACUUCUUCAUCUUCUAUAUAAAAAAGGUCUCAUUGGUCAACAACUGCCGUCCAGCCACACGUCCGUUUAGAGCUUCCAGCUCCAACUUCUUCUUCCUGGCAGUGCUGCUGAUAGGCCUGGCUCUGGCCUGUGUGCCGGUCACUUUUAGUAUAGCACAAAUAAACUCUUCCCACGCCUGUGGACCAUUUAUUAAUUACAACACCUCCUGGGAGGUGCUGCCAACUUCAGUAUCCAAGCUACCAGAUGGAAUCCAAAAACUCCUCAACGCUCUCUCAUCAGAGGCCUUCGCUGUCUCCUUCUUUGUUGUUACAUGUUUGGCCAUGUUUUAUGUGAUCGCACUAGCUGGAGCUCACAAGAGAGUUAUUGACCAACUAAGGGAGCAGCUAGCCAUGGAGGGCCGUGACAAACGUUUCCUGAUUCAAAAGCUGUGCCAGGCCCAAAGACUCUCAGCUAUCAAAUCCCCAGUGUCCAAAUCUCAGCCCCGCAGACGCAGCCCCAGCUACCACACCAGCUUCUCCAACAAUUUUAAUGAAGCUGUGUUCCUGGCACACUCACCUCCAGCUUCCUCCACACAUGUCUGAGGCGAGGGCCUGAUAUUACCGACUAAAAGCCAGAGACUGACCAGAUGGAGUGCAGUUUAAAACUGAAUUAAUAUCUUAAAGAGACACUAUUACACUUUUUUUGGAUUUUUCCCCAUCUUUUAGAGUGUUACAUGUUUUAUGCGUGUAUGCAAUAGACGUAUAAAGUACAAAAAACACACUUCACUCCAAGUGGACCUUACUCUUCCACAGACAUCACUUUUUCUCAACUGCCUGAAAACGGCCCACCAACAUUUCAGUUUAAAAUUCCUCAAAUUGUGAUGUCAUUGAUUAAGAAAGAAGCCCAGUUUUUCGAAUGUACUGCCUGAGCAAGCACAGCCCACCCGGUGGCUUGUUUGAAUCUGGUUGACCAAUCACAACAGAGUGGGCCAAUCAUUGCCAACUGGACUUUCAGGAAGGUGGGCCAAGGGCUCAGACAGGUGGAAGCACUGCAGCAAUGGGCAGUAUGAGAACACAAUGUUUUUAAAGGUCCCAUGGCAUGAACAUUUCACUUUAUGAGGUUUUUACACAUUAAUAUGAGUUUCCCCAGUCUGCCUAUGGUCUCCCAGUGGCUAAAAUGGUGAUAGGUGUAAACCGAGCCCUGGGUAUCCUGCUCUGCCUUUGAGAACAUGAAAGCUCAGAUGGGCCGAUUACCUUCAUUUUCUCUGCUUUGCCCGCCCAGAGAAUUUGGCCCAACCAUGAGAGAGAGGCAUUGUGGUUUCAAAUGAGCAAAGUAGCAGUCAAUCAAGGCCACACCCCAGCCUCCACCUUGCCCCUCUCUCUCUCUCUCUCUCUCUCUCUCUCUCUCUCUCUCUCUCUCUCUCUCUCUCUCUCUCUCCCUCCCCCUCUCUCCCUCUCUCCCUCCCCUUCCUCCUCCUCAAAAGCUACAGACUCAGAAAUGGCACAUCCUAAGGAAAGAUCCUAGUGCGACUGGCUCUUGUGGUUGUAAUUCUGUACCAAGGCUGAAUUUUGGGAAAGAGACUUCAGAUAUGAUAUUAGGGGACUACUAAGGCCUAUAUAAAAGCAUCCGAAGAGCAUGUCAUGGGAUCUUUAAACAUCAAAUACAAAUAUGAUGCUGAAAAGGUGGGGCUCUUUAAAUCUUUUUUUUUUUUUAUGUGAAAACACUACAACUAGGAGGCUUGUAUGGACCUGCUUACAUUAUUGUGUCGUGUCUUUUUAGUGUUGUGUUAUUGACAAGUAUUUUUAUCCCCUGCUGUAUUGACGGUCAUCUUUCCCUUCUGAGAAGGACUUGCUACUAACUACUGGAGUUUGAAAAACCUUGAGUUGUAUGCACUUUAAAUGUAUUAACACUACAGUUUUCUCGCCUUUACAAGUUGUUUACAGAAGAGUGUACUCAUUGUGCACUCAUUAUGUGUUUUAAAAUCUGUUUAUGAUUAUUAACCCUGAGGUUGUAUUAUAAUGCAAAGAACAAAUACAUUUCAAAAUACUAAACUGUAACAAUGUUCAUUUGACCAUUUUUUGCGUGAGGAUUUUUUUUUUAUAGAUUUUCCAAUACAAUCUAAAUCAUAUACACUUCUCUCAU